CACGGCAAUCCACGGACCAAGUUGGGCAGAACUAGAACUGGCGGAACUUCGCGCGGACCACAACGAAUUGAAAAAAAACGACAAUUUCAGCCAGCAUCUCUUACCUCACCGCGGUCGCGACACUGAAUAAUUAACGAUCGAAUUAAUCUAAUCACACGGAAAGGCUUUGGGAAAAACUCUUUCAUACGCGCCGAAGGUGGCCGCGCCUAGCGAAUCCGCAGUUGGGGGGGAAAUUUGACGCGUCUUGGAGUGGGAGGGGCGGCACAGCCAAAACUGCCUCCCCAGGGGCACGCAGCCUCGAAUUGCUUUGCGACACGCGACCCAGCACCGAAGCUCGGGAGGGACCGACGACAAAUUAUCGCAGCGGCAUACGUGCGACAACUCCAUCAACAACCAGAUAAUUUUUUUUUCAAAGCUGCUACUGCUGUGCUAUCGCAUACCUAAAACCUACCAAAAAAGGAACAGCCAAAUCCCCGACUGCAUCCAUGCCUUCGCCCUCGCCGUCCGCUUGCCAUCCAUGACGACUCUCAUACGCGCACGCCAGCCGCUACAGGACUUGAGCAUGAGCAAUCAGCCGGGGGAGCCGCGUCGCUACAGCAAACGCCUUGCCGAUGCCGCGGUGUACGACGAGCAGGAUGGCGACUUUCUCUUUACGCGCGGCUCGAAACGAGCCAGGACCUCGACGGCCGCGAGCGACUUGGAUGCUGCCGCUCCCUCGACGAUAGCAGCUGCUCCAGCGGUGAAAAAGGCGGCAGGGCGACCGGCCAAGAAGGCAGCGCCCGUUGCGAUUGUGGGAGGGAGGAAACGUGCCGCUUCACCGCAGCUGGCGCCCGUGGAGGAGACGGAACCACCUGCGACCAAGAGGCCGACGAGGAGGAAACCGAGCGCGUCUCCAGCGCCAGCGCCAGAACCGAAACCGCUCGCCGUUCCGAAAACGCGCGCCAGACGGACAGAUGCGGCUGCGACUGCACCGCCCAGUACCGCCGCCCCAACGACUGGUCGACGAACGCGAUCUUCUAUGGAAACGGUAGUGGAAAAUGGUGCAGGAAAUCAUCACACAGGACCAGAACCUGAAAUACCAGCAGCAACGACGGCACCUGAAGCAAGGAAACCGGGUCGGGGGAGGCCACCGACAAAAAAGCGAACGGCAGCGGUGGAAAACAGGGCCCUGGAACCGGUUGCGACGCCCAGGAAUGAUGCGAUGGAUACCAGCAUGGACGAUGGGCCAGCUGGGGAGGGGGUGAUAUAUGGUCAGGAGCACCAUGAGCCGGCGCGCAAAAUUGCGCUUCCCUUUAGCGAUACGCCCAUAAUGGACCGCAACAAGGAGUUGCGCAAAAAGGGCGGGGCGGGAGGCAGUGGAGCGCGACGAAGUAGCCUGGGCAUGAGAGGCAGGCGGGCCAGUUCAUUGAUUGAGAGUGGUCACAGUGCAAUACCGCACCGCGAGGUUAAUGCUGGCGAGUUCUACAAGCACAUCGAGUCCGAUGUGAUGGAGACGAGGAGGAUGAAGCAGCUACUUACAUGGUGUGGUGAGAGGGCGUUGCUGGACAGGCCGGCGCACGGCUCUUUGGAUUCCAUGAAUUCUAAUGCAAUUCUGGGAGCACGUGCAAUACAAGACCAACUAUUAAAGGACUUUGGGAACAAGUCGGAGUUCUCGGACUGGUUCAGCCGGGAAGACGAGGCGAGUGAAGCCGAGCCCAAGCGGCCGGUGAUCACGAAACCAAAUCCAGUCAACAUUGAGAACGAGAAAAAGAUAGUGGAGCUGGAGGCUACUAUCAAACGCUUAAAAUUGGAAAGGAAAAAGUGGUUGGCGCUGGAGAAGCCACCUCCUGAAUUCCCACCCCUAUUUGAAGAUGAAGACCCGACCAAGGCUCCGCUGCCCGACGAAGGGGCACUCGAUGAAGAAGAGGCGCGUAUGUUGCGUUCUCUGACGGAGCCGACCAGCAACUUUGCGUCACUGCGAGCAAAAACGCAGUCGCGACUACAGUCCCUGAUGGCUCCGCUCGAGGUCGACAUCGACAAGCUCGCCGACAGCGUGCACAAGCUCGAUCGGCGCGUUGCGGCGGGCGGGCGGCAGGCUGACCGCGUGCUCGGCCUGAGCGCGGACCGGCUCAAGGAGCGCGAGGAACGUGAAAAGGCCGCAGCCGGCACCAAGAACCUGCCCGUCAUGGAGGUCCUGAGGAGUCUUGGCAAGAUAUUACCCGAAGAAGACGGCUAAGGUUGCGUUGCCCGCGCCCAACCUACUGCGGUCUAAGGGUAAACGCAUAAUGGCCAGCAAAACUAUGCUUAUGCUCCUCGCUAUGCGGAGGAGCGUUUUUAUAAUGACAUGACGACAAUUUAGGGGAUUCAAAUGAGCGUCUGAUUUUGGUAUCGUCUUCUUUUUCUCUCUCUUAUUCAUCCUUUCUCCCUCUCCUCUUUUUCUCAGGGCGGAAGGUUACUUUUUUUUGUGUGUCCAUUUCCUUUGUCAUGAUUCCUUCCACCGUUCCUUGUUGGCGGCGCUCUCGCACCACGGGUGACUUUUGUAGUCAAAAACACUACAAGCACCGUUCAUUUAAGCCUUUUGAUUGGGUGUUUAUGUUGGGACUUGUUUAUACCCCUUUGGAGCAUUAAGCUUGGAGACUUUUGAGACUGGGACUGGUUUGCCAUGGUUUUGGGCGUUUUGUGUAGUAGUAGUUUGUGGCGGUGGUGAGGUGGUGGUGAAUUUGGCAAGCUGUGGUCAGGCAGCUUUUUUGCCCCGUCUGAUUCGAGUUUUUAAAGGUGCGAUGUUUGUACAUAUUGGCCCCUGUGCCUACGACCAAGAAGACUGGCUGGCUUCUUUGGUUCCAACAUCGACUAUUGAUGAAACAGAGAACUGGAAAAUGUC